AUGGACGCCUCCUCCCUCCGCAUCUCCAAGUUCGAUGGAACUAACUUCCACGCCUGGAAGUUCAAGAUGCAGAUGGUGCUGGAGGAACGGGACCUAUGGGAGGUCGUCAGCGGUGAGAUCAAGGCGGAACAGUGCGAGACUCAGUUGGACCAAGCGACGUACAAGAGGAAGUCAAGAAAGGCGAUGGCAGUGAUCUGUCUAGCCAUGGAAGAUUCCCAGCUACCGUUGGUCCGGUCGGCAAGUGGUGCAUGCGACGCAUGGUCAAGGUUGGAAGACCACUUCGAGAAGAAGAGUCUUGCCAACAAGCUGUUCUUGCGCCGUCGCUUCUUCACGACAAUGAUGGAAGAAGGCGACGAUGUGCUCGAACACAUCAACAAGCUCAAGACGCUGGCGGAACAGCUAGAAGCGGUGGGGGCUCCAGUCUGCGAGGACGAUCUGGUGAUCACACUCCUCGGCAGCCUGAGUGACUCGUAUCAAUUCUUGAUCACAGCUUUGGAGUCGCGCUCAGACACUCUUAGCUGGGAGCUCGUGACGUCUCGACUGCUUCAUGAAGAAAUGAAGCGGAAGGAGCAAGGAAGUAAAGGUGAUGAAGCUUCGCAAGGUCAAGCGUUCAUCACAAGGGACAAUCAGCGCAAAGGGCGACCAGUGAAGAAGUCCUGGCCGUGCCACAAUUGCGGAAAGAUUGGUCACUGGAUGGCGGAGUGCCCUCGCGCAUCCAAGAAAACACGGAGAGACACCGGCCACAGCGUGCUCAAGACAGCGGCGACCGCUAUCGAUCACAACGUGCAAACGUCGCUCAAGAAGAAGACUCGGGCGACUACCUCUUUCGAUCGGUGA